ACGAUAACGAAUCAUUAACCAGCGCCGAUCUAAAUGAUGAAGUAGAAACACAAAGUGCUGACAAUAACGAAUCAUUAACUAGCGCCGAUCUAAAUGAUGAAGUAGAAACACAAAGUGCUGACGAUAACGAAUCAUUAACCAGCGCCGAUCUAAAUGAUGAAGUAGAAACACAAGAAACUGAUAAUAACGAAGAAUUAACCAGCGCCGACCCAGAAGGUCAAAUAUUGAAAGAAUAUGCUAAUGAUCCAGAAUAUCUCAAAUACUUAGACUCAUUUUACGAAAUAUUAAAUACCACAGAUCCAAAUGAUGAUGUAGAAACACAAGAUAUUGAUAAUAACGAAGCAUAA